CAGUGUGGAAGUUAAUCAAAGAAGCCUUCAAAAUAAGAUUUUUUUUUUUAACAUUUUUAUUUAAAAUACUAAUUUGCGUAUUUUAAAAUGAGAGUCUUGGACAAAAUAGGAUAUUACAAUCCACCCGGAGCGUAUAGCACUGCUUAAAAAGAUGAACUAAAACAACGCGCGAUAUCUAAACGUACAACUGUACUUUAUUGUGGAUGUUCUUCUCGGAAUAUGUAGCUCAAAUCUUGGCCGUGUUGACGUUUGUGCUUGUGUCGGCGCUCUAGCUGCCACACUCAAAACAGAAAACAGCAAUGAGGAGGAAUUUAGUGAAAAUGAACAUUAUCGGUAAAGCAGCUCCCUGGAAGUGGUGUGCGGAUUUUUUUCUACUUUGACCGUGACAUUAUGCUCAUUUACAGGCCGACAGCUGUCGGAUUUCAGACAUCCCGGCGACCGUUCAGCUGUUAAGUCGCUGUUGCAUUUAUCCACACUGCUUAUGUUUGAUUUUCACGUGUAAACGGACGUGUCAUUAUCAGAGCUCGGGGAAUUUGGCGUUACCGAGCAUGUUUACCGCGUCACACGGUGCUUUUUGAAACACUGGCCGACGUAAAAUAGCUAACUGAUCGCUUAAGUUGCAACAAUGGCCUCGGCGCUGAGUUGCUUCAGUGGUCCCGAGGUGCUGGAGGACGCCAGUCACGCUCGGGGUUUGAUGGACGGGUUGAAGUUGCUUUACGAUUGCCGGCUGCUCGGGGACGUUACUAUCGGAGUUGAGUGCGAAGAGGAGUCUUUGGAGCACAGCGGCAACCCCACCAGAGGUGCCAUCGACCAACUUUUCUUCUGCAGCCGCAACGUCCUGGCAGCUGCUAGCCCUUACUUCAAAAGUAUGUUCACCGGUGGGUUAAACGAGAGCGUGCAGGAAACUGUGGUCAUCCGCGGGGUCGAUCCUGAAUCUAUGUCCGUUAUCAUCGAUUACUGCUACACGGGCAGGGUGACCAUCACAGAAAGUAACGUGCAGAGGCUGUAUGCAGCGGCCAACAUGCUCCAGCUGGAGUACAUCAGGAAAGCUUGCUCCAGUUUCAUGACAAGGAGACUGGACUUGUCUAACUGUGUGGGUGUGCUGAAAUUUGCUGACACCUAUGAUAACCCCGAGCUGAAGGAGAAUGCGCAAGCUUUCAUUGCCAGGAAUUUUGGCCAGGUGUGUAAUGGGGGGGAUCUUUGUGAGCUGGACCUGAAGCAGCUGAAGGAGUUGCUCUCUCUGGACACCCUGGAUGUGGAUUGUGAGAAGAAGGUGUGCUCGGCUGCUCUGCAGUGGAUCGAGGCGAACGCAGCACAGAAAAAAGAGGAUGCGCUGCAAGCACUAAAGUGCGUGCGCUGGAACUUGUUCACUGAGAAGGACAACUGUUACCUGGAGAGCCUCAUGGCAAGGCCUUUCAUUGAGAAAUACCUGGCAUCAUUUUUUAACAAGUCCCCUGAGGACGGCUGUGUCGUGUCUGCUACUCUGGAUGUGCCAAAACACAGAAUAGGUGUGAGCGCAAAAGAGAUGAUCCUCUUCUUUGGCCUACCUAAUGACAACAUAAUGUGCUGCGACCCAUACUCGGAGGACCUGUACUUCAUGGCCCCUCCUUUAGAGGAUCUGAGCAGUCAGGAUUACAAACGCUCCACCAUGGAGUCCUUAAUCGCCUGUGCCACCCCCGAAAACAACUUGUACUUGGCGUCCCACCUCUCGAAACACUUCUGGCUGUACAACCCUGUGCUCAACAGCUGGCAGGAGCUGGCAGAGAGGCCACUGGGCAGAAUACACUCUGGAAUGGGCUACCUCAACGGGCACGUAUACCUUCUGGGAGGAAGAAACCCGGUGACGGAUGCCAGACUGAAGGAGGUGGAGUGUUACAGCGUCCAGAGAAACCAGUGGACGUUUGUGGCUCCUCUGCCUCAUUCUCUGGGUAAAAUGCAGGUGGUAGCCCUACACGACCACUUGUACGUGGUGAACAAAAGGCGAAUGCUUUGCUACGAUCCCAAGAGGAAUCGCUGGCGCCACUGUGGGUCGCUGAGGCGAGACAAGCUUCACAAAGCCUGUGUGUUCCAGGACCAGAUCGUCUGCGUGUGUGACAUCCCUGUGGUGAAAGCCUACAGCCCCACUAGGGGUGAGUGGAAGAGGCUCGGCGACAUUCCCAUCGACAGCCGAGCUCUAAAUUAUCAGGUGAUCCAACACAACGGCAAACUGCUUCUCCUCACUCAGACUUUACUGCAGCACAACAAGAACAGAGUCCUCAUCCACGAGUACGACCCGGCCAGGGACUCGUGGAAGAAUAUCAUGGCGGUGUACGUGUCCACGCUGGGGCCCGUAUGUGUUUCGACGCGCGUUUACCCAGCGUGCCUUAGCUCUGCCCACAGCUUCUCCACAGAGGAGGACGAUGACAGUGGCUCCAGUGCAGACUGGGAUUUUGACGGGCUGACAGACGCAGACUCAGACUCUGGCAGCUCUAGCUCAUUCUCUGAUGAGAACUGGUAGUGAAGUGUGUUGCAGUGUCAAAAUUAAUUAAAUUAUUGGGUUUUUACAGGGUGGUUUUGUCUAACGGUGGGGGGAUUGAAGUAUUUAUUCAGUAUUAAAACAGUCAGUAGAAGCACAGGUUGUUCAAAAAAAAAAUCUUUUCAUACGUCUGAUCAGUAAUGUUAAUAUUGGGACACAUAAAACCAGAGAAAAUGUUUACGUUGCCCUUUCACAGCAUUUUUACUGGGCAAAUACAGGGGUUACUAAUUGGGAAUAAUUGCAAUUCUUUGCAAUAAUUGCUGGAACUGAGCCAUCACUUAACGCUGUUACUUCCACCCUUGCUUUUCCUGGUUCAAAAAUGUCAGAGAAUCUGUGGGACUAAACAGGAUCCAUGUGGAAACAGAGUGGCAGUGAAAGUGCAAGUGAAACAAAAGUUUCAGGGAGUAGAAAAGGGAAAAAAAGAAAACUGAUGGAUUAGCAAUAGUGCUUUGCGUCUUUUGCGUGCAACACCUAAAGGUUUCACAUGGAUACCACAGCUGUAAUGCUUUCAUCACAUGCUUCCCGAGGACCUUCUCUCCGAGCUCGUAGAGCCUGUGAGAGAUUUGUCAACGCCAAACCCAGAAGAACCUAAAGCUGUACGAAUGUGCCCACUAGUACUCCUGAGUGGAGAGCCGCUAUUAAGCUUUAACUUUAUGUUACAUGAAGAGUUAUUUGGGUAAGCCAUUCUCUUUAGAGUGAAUAAAUAAGCAUGCGAGCUUAAGAUCGGCGUGAAAUCAUGGCUUGAGUGUUUGUGAUAUCAGGCAUCUCAAGUGCCUCUUGUUUAUGACUAUGAAAUAACUGGUUAUGAACUGGGCUUUAAAAUUUAUGGUCCUUUUUAUGUAGUUGAUGCACACAGCGACGUCACACACACACACAGGCGGUGCUGUAAAAACUGCUGCGUGAAGUCUAGGAGCCAAUGUACUGUACACUCUCUCAGGUUUAGGCUUCAGCAAAAGCCCAUUUGCGAUGACAGAGGUUCCUUUUUAGAUUUAGUGCGAUCCGGAUGUUCUGGUGACGGCUGCUGUGUUUUAUGAUUUUGUUUGAAA